GUUCCUCUUUUUCAUCAACUCAGUCAGAUGCGCAAAGCUCAAACUUCCUCGUCCGAGUCCAUUGCGCUGCGCCUUGCUGCCCCAGCCCCAUCGUCAACUUAACUCCUCAAGACAAAAUCCACCAUAAAAAAAAGGAUGGAAGCCACACGGAAGAAAUGAGGAAUAUUCUUAACACGGUCACCAGACUCUAGAAGAUCAUUUUUACGAGCGCAGAAAUAAUCGACGAAGUGAUUGGCUGAAACGCGAGAGCACUAUGGGCUGUGUGGGCUCGAAGAAGGAGCAGGAGCCUCUCGGCAAAGGGACUGGUAACGAUGAGCUGCAGAACCGCACACAGACGGCCCACUAUGUCAAAGACCCCACUGCAGGAAACUCUGGAAACAAAGCUAGCAAAAUGCCUUCCAAUGCAAACGUGCCAGAUGGAGAGAGCAUUGCCAUGGCACUGUAUGACUAUGAGGCCAUUCAUGACGGAGACCUCGGCUUCAAGAAGGGAGAUAAACUCCGAAUCCUAGAGGAAUCGGGGGAGUGGUGGAGAGCUAUGUUAAUUAGCUCAGGUCAGGAAGGCUUCAUCCCCAGUAAUUAUGUAGCCAAAGACACUUUGGAGGCAGAGGAGUGGUUCUUCAAGGGCGUGAGCAGGAAAGAUGCUGAGAGGCAGCUGCUGGCCCCUGGGAACAAAGUGGGAUCCUACAUGAUCCGAGACAGUGAGACCACCAAGGGCAGCUACUCUCUGUCUGUCAGGGACAGCGACGCUGUUGCUGGUGACACAGUUAAACAUUAUAAGAUCCGUACAUUGGACAAUGGAGGAUUCUACAUCUCUCCCCGCAUCACCUUCACCACCCUGCAGGAGCUGGUCAGCCAUUACAAAAAGCAGGGAGAUGGCCUCUGCCAAUCUCUGACCAGCGCAUGUCUGAGUCCCAAACCCGAGAAGCCGUGGGAGAAAGACGCCUGGGAAAUCCCAAGAUCAUCACUCAAACUGGAGAGGAGGCUCGGUGCCGGGCAAUUCGGAGAAGUCUGGAUGGCUACAUACAAUAAACACACGAAGGUAGCCGUGAAGACCAUGAAGCCUGGCAGCAUGUCAGUGGAAGCCUUCAUGGCCGAAGCCAACCUGAUGAAGACUCUACAGCACGACAAACUGGUCCGACUCAACGCUGUGGUCUCCAAGGAGGAGCCUAUCUAUAUUAUCACUGAGUACAUGGAGAAAGGUAGUUUAUUAGACUUCCUAAAGAGUGAUGAGGGCAACCGUGUCCAGCUCCCCAAGCUCAUCGACUUCUCUGCCCAGAUUGCAGAAGGCAUGGCAUACAUUGAGCAGAGGAACUACAUCCACAGAGACCUGAGAGCCGCCAACAUCCUGGUCAACAAGGCUUUAGUGUGCAAAAUUGCUGACUUUGGCCUGGCUCGCAUCAUCGAAGACAAUGAGUACACAGCCAGGGAAGGAGCUAAGUUCCCCAUCAAGUGGACGGCCCCUGAAGCCAUCAACUACGGCUCUUUCACCAUUAAAUCAGAUGUCUGGUCCUUUGGCGUCUUGCUGACAGAAAUUAUCAGCUAUGGACGCACACCAUACCCAGGUAUGACCAACCCAGAAGUGAUCCGUUCUCUGGAGAAGGGCUACCGAAUGCAACGCCUGGAAAGCUGCCCCACGGAACUCUAUGAAAUCAUGUUGGAGUGCUGGAAGAACAAGCCAGAGGACCGCCCCACCUUCGAUUACCUGCAGAGUGUCCUGGAGGACUUCUACACAGCUACAGAGAGCCAGUAUCAGCAGCAGCCAUGAGACUUCCACCUUCCACAGACAGAUUUUUUUACACAGUUUCUAGAAUAACAAUUCUGUCCUUUUCAUAUAUACCAGCAAGUCCAGUUUCAAAAAAGUUAUAGUGCAGUUAAGAGCACACACACACACACACACACACACACACACACACACACACACACACACACACACACACACACACACACACACACACACACACACACACAGUCUCUCCUUGUCUGCCUCUUUCUGUCUCACUUGCUCACACACACUGUAUACUAACAAGGGACUGUACACAAAUUAUUUGGGAAGGGUUGAACCGUAUAAUUUAUUUUUUAAGAAGCUAGGCCCUUUGAAUUAGAAUACUUAAAGUAACAUAACCACAGUUGAGAUUAAGUAAAGCGAUAUGCAAAUACAAUAAAAACAAUUAUUAUUACUAUUUUUGAUAUUACAAAAAAUACAAUCCUACCUCAUACUUAGCUUACAGCAAAACAGAUGUCUGAUGAUAUUCUAAAGGUUUGGUCAUAGGCUAAUAUGGCUACAGCUGUCUUGCAAAUUUAGCGGACAUAUAUACAGAUAUAUGUGUGUUAGUAUCAGCAGCGUCUUAAAAGUGACACACACAAAAAAUGUUUCAUGUAAUUUAUUUUUACUUUUACUGUACUCCUUUUGUUAUACCAAAGAUUGUGCAUAUUUUGUUGGUCACUGUAUCAUCAUUUUAUAAACACACAACAGUAUAUCUGUCUAAAGAUAAUUGUGGGUACCAGGUCAGGUGCAUUGCUGUGCCUUAUACUGUAGGUGCAGAUGGGUAAGGGUUUGCUUGGAUUAGCCCUGAUGCUGUCAAGACCAAGGAUACAGUAGCAAGACUGGGAUGCUACUAAUAUAUUUAAAAGGGAAGACUGAAAUUUAAAAAAAAUAAAUAAAAAUCUGACUAUCCUAUCCUAAAUAAAAAGAAAAAAGGAAAGAAAACAAAUUCCUCCCAUUUUUCUGCCCUGACCCAGACUAUAACUUUUGUACAGUCCCUAAAUCCUUCAAAGGUCUUCUACAUGACAAGGAUGUAGCAGGCAAUACUGUACAUAUAAACAUGACUGUCUCAUACAAAAAAUUAUACCAUUUUUAUGCAAGUAUAAACAUAGAUGGCCAUCCUCACAGACAAACAAUAGUAGGCCACCUGAAAGCAGUCACAUGGAAAAGGAUGGGUUGAGUUGUUGUGCUCCAGCACACAUUGUGCAUUUAUCAAAGGAAGCUAUAACCACAACACAUGUUCACAGUGAAAUAUGUGAAGGCUCUGAUAAUACUGUGUUUCUAUCACCAAUUCAGUAAGCAAGCAAAACUGUCCAAUUCCACUUGCCUGUCUGAAGUGUUCCAUUGUGAAAGGAAAGAAGGUACUGUGGAGGUGGAACGUUCAAGAUGUAUGACUGAUUAUGCUUAAAUCAUUCUAUUUAUAUUUCAAAGAUAUUUUCCAUUAUGCUGUGGCUUUGCGCAUUGCCCGAUCUUUGUGCCUUAUGGAGUGGUUGUUUUUUGGUGUUGCUUUCAUUUCUUUUCUGUUCCAUUAGCUCUGUAUAUAUAUAAACACACACAAGUGUACACAAAGAAAUAGUAAUUUACUUAACUGAUAAUGGUUGUUGAUUCUUAGAUAGAUAUUUAGCCUUUGUUUGGGAAAAGGAAUGCAUGGAGAUUUUCACAUCUUUUGGCCUUCAUUUUUCUGUUUGGAAAAUUAAUUUAUUUGUGCAAAUAGUACUGGUCUGAAUAUUAUUGUAUCUCAAAUGUAAUCAUCUUUCACAAAAAAAGUUAAAGCUUUUUCCAGAUUUUUUAAAGCAGGACUCAAGAUUCUGCUAUUUUUAUUCUACAUUGUUUUAACGUGUUUCUCACAUUGCUGGAAAUAGCUAAAUAGUUCUUGCACAAUCAGUUAUUGUUGAAAUGAUAGCAUGUGGGUGAUAUGGGGGAAAUGAAUGAUGCAACAUCAUUAUGUCCACAUUAGUAUGUUAUGAUUUUCACUGAAAUAUUGAUAAAUCGUACGAUAAUAAUUCCAUAUUCACUACUUUGAUUCACAUGGUUCCACAAUGUGUUUUAUGGACCAAAAUUUCAAAUUCGUCGAUGGAAAUAUUCUCUUGUAUUUAAGAUUUCAUGUGACAGAUUUGGUAUCAUCCAUUGAGAAAGAACUGUGAGCAGCAAUAUCUAAAAAAAAAUGCUAUGAAAUGCUUAUAUAGAGAGGUGAUGCGCAAUAUAGAAUCAGAGGGUAACAAAUAUUUUUGUGCUUUUUGUUGUAUCAUUAUAAAAACGUAUUGCAUAUUUUGUUAGAUGCUUGGUUGAAUGCAACUGGUAAAAAUGUUCGAAUAAAAAUGUUUUAGAAACAUAUCCAAACUGUGUACACAAGAGCAAAAAAUAUUAAUAAAAAUAUAUAAUAUGUA